GAUUGCCGACUUACCGUCUCUCGUAUAUAAGCCCUCAACAUCGAUUGCCGGAGGCCUGGGCUAGGGUUUAAUCCGCAGCGGACCAGGCAAGAUGGGGAAGGGAACGGGAAGCUUCGGGAAGCGGAGGAACAAGACCCACACCCUCUGCGUCCGCUGCGGCCGCCGGAGCUUCCACCUCCAGAAAAGCCGAUGUGCUGCCUGCGGCUACCCCUCCGCCCGGAUCCGCAAAUAUAACUGGAGCGUGAAGGCUAUCCGGAGGAAGACGACCGGGACUGGUAGGAUGCGGUACCUCCGCCACGUCCCUCGCCGCUUCAAGAGCAACUUCCGUGAAGGUACUCAAGCGACUCCGAGGAAGAGGGCAGUGGCCUCUGCAUCUUCUUAAUGCACGAAAAAGAGUGAAAUAUUAUUUGCAUAAUUUUGUGAUUUCCUGUGAUUUAGCUGAAUCUUCGCGAGUGCUAAAAUUGGCUAUUGCUUGGGUUUCCUUUUAAUGAGAAUGUGGUUUUGGAUUUUCUGAUUAGAGACUUCCUAAAUGAAGGUAGUAUGUCUUUUUUUUAAUUAUAUAUGCAUGCAAUUGAGAUGUUAUGACUUA